AUGUGCGAGGCACCGACAAAACUUGCACCAUACCCCAUCACCAGUAAGGUGACGGGUUGGUUGAACGGAUCUUUCGAGGCUCUUCUGAAGGUACUUCCAGAAAUGAACCCGAGCACAUCGGACCAAGUCGUGCUGAGGCAGCUUUACCAUGCAGAGGACUGGUCUGCAAGUUCGCCGGUCAGGCGCUGUUUCUCAUGUGGACAGUGCGUGAAACCAGGCUACACAGUGAUGCACGAUUGCCAACACAAUCGUCAUAUCGAACGUCCGCCACAGAUUACGUCCAUCAAGUAG